UCGCUGCUGAAGCUGCUGGUGUGGGGCUCUGGCCGGGCCCGCACGGGGGUGCUGGUGCCGGUGCCUCAGUACCCGCUCUAUGGGGCCGCCAUCGCGGAGCUCGAGGCCGUGUUCCUCGGGUACCACCUGGACGAGGAGCGGGGCUGGGCCCUGGACCUGCCCGAGCUGCGGCGGGCGCUGGAGGAGGGACGGGAGCGGAGCUGCCCCCGGGUGCUCUGCGUCAUCAACCCCGGGAACCCCACGGGCCAGGUCCAGAGCCGCGAGUGCAUCGAGGCCGUCAUCAAGUUCGCCUACGAGGAGCGGCUCUUCCUGAUGGCCGACGAGGUCUACCAGGACAACGUCUAUGGCGAGGGUGCUGAGUUCCACUCCUUCAAGAAGGUGCUGUUCGAGAUGGGGCCGCCCUACUCGGACACGGUGGAGCUCGCCUCCUUCCACUCCCUGUCCAAGGGCUUCACGGGCGAGUGCGGGUUCCGGGGGGGUUUCGUGGAGGCGGUGAACGCGCACCCCGGGGCCCUGCAGGCGCUCUCGAAGCUGGCAGCGGUUCGGCUCUGCCCGCCCGUGCCCGCCCAGGUCCUCAUGGGGGCGCUCAUGGACCCGCCCCGGCCCGGGGAGCCCUCGCACCAGCGGUUCCUGGAGGUGACUGCGGGAGACCUGGG